AUACUCGUAGGUAUUAGGUAGCAAGCUCGAAAUAUAGCACACUACCUGUUUUGUCUUCCAGAUUCGCAUAUCAUGGCACCUAAUCAAUCUCCUCAGCCAUUUCCUCUUUACGAAACUAAAUUUCGAAACAACAAAACAUCGAGAGCAAUAGAAGUCAUUAUUUUGGGUCUCCUCACAUCUCUCAUUACUUAUAGGUUUCACUUUCUCAAUAGCCAUGGCUGCUACCUUCCUUGGAUUCUUGCUCUCCUUUGUGAGUCUUGGUUUACUUUCAUUUGGGUUCUCAAUAUCAACUCUAAGUGGAAUCAAUUGGAAACCAUAACAUAUCCUGAACGCCUCUUGCAACGUUUGGAAGAUGGGACGGUGGAGCUUCCCGCUGUGGACAUGUUUGUUACAACCGCCGACUCAGAAUUGGAACCGCCGAUUCUUACUGUGAAUACGGUGCUAUCUUUGUUGGCGGUAGACUAUCCCACGAAGAAGUUAACCUGUUAUGUUUCGGAUGACGGUGCAUCCCCUGUCACCCUUUACUCCCUUGUGGAAGCAUCCAAAUUUGCUAAGAGCUGGGUUCCCUUCUGUAAGAAGUUUAACGUUGCCGUUAGAGCUCCGUUUCAACACUUUAAUGGCAACCCCACGUGCCCUCUUCAUGGCUCCUUAGAAUUCCAACAAGAAUGGGAAAAAAUGAAGGAAGAAUAUUCUAUAUUGUGUGGAAAGAUAGAAGAUGCAAGUGAAAAAACAAUAUUCGACUUUACUGGCGAGUUUUUAGCUUUUGCAAAGAUUGAACGACGAGACCACUCUCCCAUUAUAAAGGUAAUAUGGGAAAAUAAAGAAGCCCAUAAUGUUCAUGAUGAGGAUGGGGUUCCGAGUAUAAUCUACAUCUCGAGGGAGAAGCGUCCAAAACAUCCACAUCACUACAAAGCUGGAGCCAUGAACGUUCUGACAAGAGUGUCAGGCGUGAUGACAAAUGCGCCAUUCAUGGUAAAUGUGGACUGUGACUGUUACGCAAAUGACCCCAAAGUGGCACUCCGCGCUAUGUGUUUACUGCUCGGAGCAGAAGAUGAAACGGACGCCGGAUUCGUCCAAUUUCCUCAGAAAUUCUAUGCUGCUCUCAAAGAUGACCCUUACGGCAAUCAAUUGAAAAUCCUGAUGAAAUUGAUGGGGGCGGGAAUAUCAGGGAUUCAAGGAGCAUUUUAUCAAGGAACUGGAUGCUUUCAUAGAAGAAAGGUUGUGUACGGCUCAUCCCCGAAUCACACACACGUUAAUGAAAAAAGUGAUCGCAAAGAAGAAAUACGGGCAAGAUUUGGAAAAUCAAAAGCAUUCGUUUCCUCAGCCGCUCAAACUUUAUCGUUGGGAUCUUUAUUAAAUUCUAAUCUCGAGGAGACUUCCCUAUUUUCGAGUUCCCUGUUGGAGUCUGCGACCCAAGUUGCCAAUUCCGAUUAUGAAUUUGGCACCGGUUGGGGCCAUGAGGUCGGGUGGAUAUACGGAUCUGCUACCGAAGAUGUGCUGACCGGGUUAACCAUCCACAGCCGGGGUUGGAAAUCAGCCUACUGUGACACCAACCCUCCCGCUUUUCUUGGCUGUGCACCAACUGGUGGGCCGGAGGCAUUGAUCCAACAGAAACGAUGGGCCGGUGGGUUGAUGGAAAUACUAACAAGCAAGCACAACCCAAUUAUCAGUACCGCUUUCCGUAGGCUUAAGUUCAGGCACUGCCUGGGCUAUCUAUGGAUUUUGUUAUGGCCAGUUCGGCCCAUUUUCGAAAUAGUGUACAGUCUUCUCCCUGCUUAUUGCAUCAUAAGCAAUUCAAGCUUCCAGCCAAAGGUAAAUGAAGCCGCCAUUAUAGCGCCAGCUUCAAUUUUCAUCGUCUACAACCUGCACACCUUAUGGGAAUACAUCACAUGUGGGGAAUCGACGCGGUCGUGGUGGAACAAUCAGAGAAUGCUGAAGAUCAACGCUUCUGGGGCGUGGUUGUUUGGAUUCCUAAGCGGCGUUUUUAAGGUUCUCGGAUUCUCCGACACCAUGUUUGAAGUCACUAAGAAAGAUUUUUCCGGUGACGACUCUCUGGAAAGGGAGAAAUUUGACGCUGGAAGGUUCACAUUCGAUGAUUCUCCUCUGUUCAUUCCCGGUACGACCAUUCUGCUUGUGAACGUUGCAGCUCUGUUCAUCGGAUUUCUGGAUUUCAAAAAUCGGGUUUGGGGUUUAGGGGAAGUGAUAUGCAGUAUCUGGGUAGUACUGAUGUAUUGGGCAUUUCUCAAGGGCUUGUUUGGAAAGGGGAAGUAUGGGAUUCCGUUUUCCACUAUUCUCAAGUCUGGAGCUUUGGCAUUGAUUUUUGUUCACGCUAGCAAAUUCCCUUACUGAAGUGCUGAACCAACCUUGUAACUAGUUGAACUUAGUUUAUCUUUCUAAAUUCAAUAAAAAACAACAGGCUUGGC